AUGAAACGAGUAACUUUAUUGGCAAUUUUACUGCAAAUCGCCCGAAUGGGCGAUUGUGCCUUUUGCCCUAAGACCUCCCCCACGACUGUGAGUGGCACCCACGCGCCCGAAGGUCCCUUCUGCUCGCAGCAGUUAAUCUUCGACGACGACUUCGACAAGCUGGACUUGAGAAAGUGGCAGCACGAACAGAAUCUGGGAGGCAACGGGAAUUGGGAAUUUCAAUGGUACACAAACAACAGAUCCAACAGCUACGUAGAGAACGGGUCUCUUCACAUCAGACCGACCUUCGUUGCGGACGAUUACGGUGAAAAUUUUUUGUAUUCGGGAACUUUGGACAUCAACGGGGGAUCCCCGGCUGACGAGUGCACGAAUCCGCAAUGGUACGGCUGCAGUAGAACCGGCACGGCAACAAACAUCGUCAAUCCGAUCAAAAGCGCCCGCUUGAGGUCGCUCCAUUCCUUCUCCUUCAAAUACGGAAAGGUCGAAGUGAGAGCUAAAGUACCCGCCGGGGAUUGGUUGUGGCCAGCCAUCUGGUUGAUGCCCAGAUACAACCAGUACUCCGGCUGGCCGUCCUCCGGCGAAAUCGACAUCAUGGAGAGCAGGGGCAACAGGCAACUGGUGAGCCCCUCGGGCGUCAACAUCGGCGUCCAGCAGAUCGGCAGCACGCUGCAUUGGGGCCCGAACCCGAACUACAACCGAUACAAUUACACCCACUUCGAGCAGAACCUAUCCGAGGGCUACAACUCCGAUUAUCACAGGUACCAAUUGGAAUGGACGCCCGAUCACAUACAAUUCUCGGUCGAGGACUCGGUUAUCGGCACGGUGAAGCCCGGAGACGGGGGUUUUUGGGAAAUGGGGCACCUCGACGCGACCGGUUUGGACAACCCGUGGAAACGGGACACUAGAAUGGCCCCGUUCGACCAGGAGUUUUAUUUGAUACUCAAUUUAGCUGUGGGAGGGACGGCUUACUUCCCAGACGAUGCUGAUAACAAACCUGGCGGUAAACCCUGGUCUAAUUCGGCCUCCAACGCCUUGACGACCUUCUGGCAAGGCAGGGAACAAUGGCUGCCAACGUGGGACGUCGGAAGCGAGGAUUCUCACUUUCUCAUCGAUUACGUUCGAGUCUGGGCAAUUUGA